AAAUAUCGCGAGAUUGGGGGACUGCAGCCCCAGUUGUGUUGUCGUGGUUGGCUUAUUGUCAGAGACCUAAAGGAAGUUGAAGUUAUGGCAGAUAGAAAUGCUAACUCUUGUCAAACAUAUGUGCUGUGUAAUUUAACCAUUCGGUUAAACGUGUCCUCAGUACCUCGGUUGGACUGUUAGCUGCUGUAGAGAAGGUGCGGGAAGGCUUGAGCUCGCCAGCGCAUCCCUCAAACCGGUUUCAGCAGGUCGCCGAAACUGGAUUGAACAGCUACUUUUUCUGUCUUAUACUGGCUGUGCUAGUCCUGGCGUCCCACAAUGCUGACUGAGCAAACUUCAGCUUGUCAGCAAGAUCAACCUGUGCUUUAGCAGUGGUGAUCCAGCCGCCCAUAACAGUUUUGAUCCAGUCUCCUUUGAUUGGGUUUGUCCAGGCUGUCUUCACUUUUUGGUCUAACAGAAACACUUCAUUCAGUAGCCAUGGUGUCCAGACCUGGAGACCUUCCAGCCCUGGAAGCAGGUCCAGGUUCCUCAGAGGGACUCCUCGGAGGGAUGUCCAUUCCAGUCGGCAUGACCCGUCGAGCUUUCAGCUAUGAUGAUAAUCUUGAGCGGCCUAUGUCUCCACCUCCAACUGACAUUAAUAUUAACAACCUGUGGAGGCGACCUGUUAUACCGGAGAGGAAGUUUGCACGACUUGCUGAGGAGGAUGAGUCAGAAGGAGGGGUAAAACAAAGUGCUACCUUUGAAUCCACUAAACCUUCAGGCCCUGUGGUGAAAGCCAAAGCUUCGUCUGUCAUGAACUCCCUCAUCAUCAAGCAGACCCAGGAGAGCAUGCACAGGUUCGAGAAGCAGGCAGGACUGACCGAUACAGGCUACACUCCACACAAAGGCCUGAAUGCAGAGGAGACCCGAUACCAUCGCCUGGCCGAGUCAAUGCAUAAGCUUCAAAUGCAAAGUGUGGAUGCCAAAGAAGAGAAACAGCCUUCAUCUAAUCAGUCAACGCCUUCCGGGACCCCUCAAUCCUCACCCAAGCAGAAACGCAGGGGCUGGUUCAGUAGUCAAGGCUCCACAGCAUCUCUCACAGGCUCUGAGAUGAGCACCAGCUCUAGCUCCAGUAUAGAUCUGGCUUCAGGUGACGGACCUGUAGAGCGCUGGGGUGUUUUUGGACCUCGGCCUCAAGUCAACAAGUCCACCACUGACCCAGGUACAGAUUCAGCCAUGACAGGGGGCUUUGCCCUGCAGUCCUAUAAGGGAGCUCAGAAACCCACCCCUAUGGAAGUGAUGAAGGCUCAGGCCACCCGCUUGGCCGAGGACCCCAACUUCAAAGCUCCCCCCAAGAUGGAGAUCCCCACCAUGGAGGGGAAGAGACAGGUGACCCGACCUCACAAACUCAAACACCGGGACAUGAACGUCCUUACACCCUCUGGAUUCUGAGAGAACUCCCUACAUUCACCUCAGCUGUACACAUAGUGAACCUGUAGCUGGUCUACCCUCUCUCUCUUUCCCUUGUGCUGUCUUGCUGUUGGGUCACUGCAGUAGUACUUGCUUUUCCCUUCACAGGCGCAUCUUUUUGCUAGUGUCUAAAGUAAGUGGUCAUCCUCAGAUGUCGUGCGAGUGUGUAUGAGCACUUUUGUUUGUGCAAUCGUCUUUUGUUAGUCUCCUUUUUGCCUUUUAAAGUGUUACUUUAAGUUAGUAUGUGUGAGAGUGUGCGUGCCUUGAUGUUUUUGGAUGUACUGUGGUGUAAUUACUCAUGGCUUACUUUAACGCUGACUAUGAUGAACAAAAGCAGUGUUUUUUAUGUGUUGGAUUUUUCGUUCCAUCACAUACAGUAGCAACAGGUUAGGAAAAAAAAAAAAAAAACGUUUUUUUGUCUGCCUAGAGCAAUUGUUAUAUAUUCAGUAAUGAUGUUGUGAUUUCCUGUGUAACAUCAUCAAUACACACAAUAGGUUCAGUGAUAACUUAAUUCUUUAAGUCUUUGCUGUGUGUAUUAUGACGUUUAAAGCAUUGUGAUACGGUUGUGUCGAGGACGAUGUGACAAAUGAAGAGAGCACUAAAUUGACUCAAAGACUGAAAGAACUUGGGCUAAAAUUGUAUUUAAUGUAACAGCUCUGGACGGAGAAUUUCUUAUAUUUUUGUUACAAGUUUCAAAUCGUUUCAUUUUAUUAUACAUGUUAAUACAUGAAUAAAUAAAUGGACAUAAAUGA